AUGGGGCUUCCCCUAAUCGCCGCGUCAACACCAACCUCCUCUCAUCUGUUCUCGGCAAUUACCAUAAAUUUCCAAGGCAUUUCCAAAUCAUUUCACGGUUUCAGAAACUGAAAAACCAUGUUAGAAUACUUCCCUCGCGACAUAUAUCUCCAGAUCCUCAAAUGGCUCCCUCUCAAUUUCAUUCUCCAAUGUCGUACCGUCUGCAAAUCAUGGAAUUCCCUCGUUUUAAGCAACGAUUUCAUCUCCGUUCACCACAAUUUAACCAAAUCGAUCAUCGAAAACGGAAAUCAAACGCUAUUGAUCAGGUAUUUCGAUCGAACACGUAAACUCGAGCAAUACAUCAUCGGAAAAGAUGACGAAACUUUCGGGUUAAACUUUUCUAAUAUUGAUUUCCAAUAUGCGAGCACAAGCGCCUAUUUUAGGGUUGUCGGAUAUUGUGAUGGCGUAUUUUGUUUGAGCGAUGACUUAUUUGAUUCCAUGUCUAAGGUUAUUCUCUGGAACCCAUCGAUCAGAAAAUCCAUACGGGUUAUGGUUCCGAACAAUGAACAAAGUUUGACUCAAAGGACUGUUUUGGGGUUUGGUGUUUGUCCAAGGACUCACGAUCCAAAGGUUGUGAGAAUCAUGUAUACGCAUAACUUCUCGAUGCCGCAUAAGCUUCAAGACGCUCCAUUGAUAGACGUUUUUUCACUUUCAUCAGGUGGUUGGAGGCAGCCUCUCGGGGGUAAUCAUAACAGUACCCUACAUAAAAUGAUUCGAUUAACUUGGUCUCAGGUUUGCUUUAAUGGAGUUAUACAUUGGGUUGCUUGCGACUGGAAACAUGACGCGAGGCUUCGUUGUUUGAUCAUAUCAUUUAAUUUGGUCCAUGAGGUGUUCGAUGAAAUGCCACUACCAGAUGUUUUAACUCAUCAUGAUGUCUCAAGCUUGUCAAUCAGUACUCGCAAAGGAGAUCUUGUCAUGCUUGAGUAUGACAUGGAAAGAGGGAAGGAAUGUUGUGGUGUAUGGGCUAUGAAGGAGUAUGGUGUCGCAAGAUCAUGGGAAAAGUUAUAUGUUGUCCAUCUUCCUGGUAUGUUAAGAAAGACGAUUGGGUUUAGGAGUAAUGGGGACAUGGUAGUGGCGUUGAAGAAUCAUGAGUUAGUGACUGUUGAAUGCACAGGGAAUAUCAGGAGUCUUGAUGUAUAUGCCAACAUACGUUCUUUCUUCCUUGGGUCAUAUAUGGAAUCCCUAAUUUUGAUCAGUCAGAUGGAUCGACAGAUGUAUCUUGUUAAUGGUGAUGAUGACACUUGUGAAGAAUAUAGAGAUAAAAAAGAAGGUGGACAUGUUUAAGUAUGUACUAUGUUUGGUUUGUUAAUGAAUAUUCACAAAAGUUUUGGGUAGUGAAAAUGAAACAUUAGAUGUUUUUACGACAAAUGAUAUCUUAGUUAUGUUAUUACAAACAUUUAGGCUUAAAAUUACCCAACCAUUAUACAUCAUAUUU